UAAGGAAGAUCUUCCAAGUGCCAACAAUAUGCCUAAGCAAGUAGAAGUGCGGAUGCAUGAAAGUCAUUUAAGUCCAGUGGAGCACAGAUCCAGGAACAUAUGUGUGCAGUUCUGCCAGUCGCUCCGCAGGAAUCUGCUUCUGACUCUCACCGUGUUCGGUGUCAUCCUGGGUGCACUGUGUGGGGGUCUUCUUCGUCUGGCAACACCUAUUGACCCUGACAUCAUCAUGCUAAUAGCCUUCCCAGGAGAUAUACUUAUGAGGAUGCUAAAAAUGCUGAUCCUCCCUUUAAUUAUCUCCAGUUUAAUCACAGGACUGUCUGGUUUAGAUGCUAAAGCAAGUGGCCGAUUGGGUACAAGAGCCAUGGUCUACUACAUGUCCACCACUAUAAUUGCUGCUGUGCUGGGCGUGAUUUUGGUUUUAGCCAUCCAUCCAGGGAAUCCGAAACUCAAGAAACAGCUCGGUCAAGGGAAGAAGAAUGAUGAAGUAUCUAGUCUGGAUGCUUUCUUGGAUUUGAUCCGAAACCUGUUUCCUGAAAAUCUAGUCCAAGCAUGCUUUCAGCAGAUCCAGACUGUCACCAAGAAAGUGCUGGUGCCACCACCCAUUGAGGAACCACCAAAUGUCACAGACUCUGCUUUUGCUAUGAUGAAUGACACAGUGCGUGAAGCAGCACCAGAAGCCCAGCUGGUCAUUAAGAAGGGACUUGAAUUUAAGGAUGGCAUGAAUGUCCUGGGUUUAAUAGGAUUCUUUAUUGCUUUUGGCAUUGCUAUGGGGAAAAUGGGAGAACAGGCCAAGAUGAUGGUGGAUUUCUUCAACAUCCUGAAUGAGAUUGUAAUGAAGUUAGUGACUAUGAUCAUGUGGUAUUCCCCUUUGGGCAUUGCUUGCCUCAUCUGUGGAAAAAUCAUUGCAAUCAAGGAUUUAGAAGUAGUUGCUAGACAACUUGGCAUGUACAUGGUCACUGUGAUUGUGGGUCUUCUCAUCCAUGGAGGGAUCUUCCUGCCUCUGCUCUACUUUGUGAUAACAAGGAAAAGCCCAUUUUCAUUCCUUGCUGGGAUUUUCCAGGCGUGGAUCACAGCACUAGGCACAGCUUCCAGUGCUGGAACAUUACCUGUGACAUUCCGGUGUCUUGAAGAAAAUCUAGGCAUUGAUAAGCGUGUAACAAGGUUUGUUCUUCCUGUUGGAGCAACCAUUAACAUGGAUGGAACUGCCCUCUAUGAAGCUGUUGCUGCCAUCUUCAUAGCACAGAUGAAUGGAAUUGAGCUAGAUGGAGGCCAGAUCGUUACUGUGAGUUUGACCGCCACCCUUGCAAGUGUUGGAGCUGCCAGUAUUCCCAGCGCGGGACUUGUCACUAUGCUUCUGAUCCUUACUGCAGUGGGUCUCCCUACCCAGGACAUCAGUUUGCUUGUUGCUGUUGACUGGCUUUUGGACCGGAUGAGAACGUCAGUCAAUGUAGUGGGAGAUUCUUUUGGUGCUGGCAUUGUCUACCACCUUUCAAAGGCAGAACUUGACACCAUUGACUCCCAUCAUAAAGGGCACGAAGACAUUGAAAUGACCAAGACUCAAUCAGUCUACGACGACAUGAAAAAUCAUAGGGAAAACAACUCAAACCAAUGUGUUUUUGCAGCUCACAACUCAGUCAUAGUAGAUGAGUGCAAGUUUAUCCAGCAUGGGGAAUUUCAGCUCUGUCUUUAAGUUUACAUUUGAAGCUGAGGAUGUUAACUUACAAGGUAACACUGGCAACCAAUGGCAAAUCUGCAGACUUCAGUGUUGUUGAAGAAGAGCCUUGGAAACGUGAAAACUGAGGGAGGAGAUUCCUAGCUUCGUCUUUAAUAAGCCCUGAAGCUAUCUUCUGGCAAAAGAUAUCAUGAUUAAAGAAGAUUUCUUUUUUUUCUGUUUAACAUCUACAGUUUCUGCUUACUUAAUUUCUUAGCUGAAACUUAGCAAAGAUCUCAUCAAGUCAUUGUAGUGUUUUUGCCAAGCGAUGAUCCAUAACCAUCUGUCUUCUCUGUGUAACAACUCUGUGGAUGAUGCAGCUGGAGAACACUCCAUGCAGUGCAACGUGCUCUCACCCGCCUCCCCUCUCAUUCAAGACACAGAGAAUGUAAAUGCUGCAAAAUGGGAAGAUCAAAGUGCCAGUACGGUUCACUACAGGGACUCAGGGUUACAAAUACAAUAGAAAUAUAAUACUACAUAAACUUUCAAGUGUUCUGGUGACUCUUGUGGCUUACCUGAUCUAUUUAGCACUGUAUGGCUAAAAUAUUUUUGGAAAAAGUCCAUAAAGAUUUCUAUUUGUUGUAAUAAUAACAAGCA